AUGGCUCAGGUUGACUACAAGUUCGAGGGUUGGAUGGGCCUUGACGCCAGCGCCGACCAGGGCAAUAUGGUUUGGCAGGAAUUUGAGCCUAAAACGUGGGAGGAGACCGAUGUCGAUAUCAAGAUCUCCCACUGUGGUAUCUGUGGUUCGGACCUGCACACUCUUCGUAGUGGCUGGCGACCCACUAUGUAUCCGUGCUGCGUCGGCCACGAGCUCGUCGGCACUGCCGUCCGCGUGGGAUCCGAGGUGACCAACGGCAUUAAGGUCGGCGACCGGGUCGGCGUUGGCGCUCAGAGCGACUCCUGCCAGGGCCGCCAGGGCGACUGCGAAGAGUGCGCCAUGGGCCUGGAGCAGUACUGCUCGAAGAAGCUGACCGGCACCUACAACAGCACCCACCAGAAUGGCGACAAGUCGUACGGCGGCUAUGCGCUGUAUAACCGCGUCCCCGCGCACUUCGCUAUCAAGAUUCCCGAUGGUAUUUCCUCGGCUGAUGCCGCGCCGAUGUUGUGCGGUGGUGUGACUCUGUACAGCCCGCUGAAGCACAAUGGCUGCGGCCCCGGCAAGCGCGUUGGUAUCAUCGGCGUUGGUGGCCUGGGCCACUUCGGUGUGCUGUUUGCCAAGGCCAUGGGAGCCGACAAGGUCGUUGCGAUCUCUCGCAAGGCUGCUAAGAAGGAAGAUUCGAUCAAGAUGGGCGCCGAUCUGUACAUCGCUACCGAUGAUGAGCCGGAUUGGGCGACCAAGCACUCCCGCUCCCUGGAUCUGAUCGUGUGCACCGUUUCUUCUACCAAGAUGCCCAUGACCGACUACCUCGGCCUUCUACGCACCAACGGCAGUAUGGUCCAGGUUGGUCUCCCCGAAGACGGCACUCUCAACGCCCCCGUGCGCAACCUUAUGCGCCGCCUCAAACUUGAGAGCUCAAUGGUCGGCAGCCCCGAUGAGAUCCGCGAGAUGUUCCAGCUAGUUGCUGAGAAGAACAUCCGCCCUUGGAUCGAGGAGAUCCCGAUGAAGGAUGCUAACAAGGCGAUUGUGGAUAUGGAGGCGGGUAAGGCGCGCUACCGCUACGUGCUGGUCAACGAAUAA